UCCAGUGUAGCCUUUCCCUCUCCACAUUGUAGCCUUCCCCUCUCCUGUCUCCAGUGUAGCCUUCCCCUCUCCACAUUGUAGCCUUUCCCUCUCCUGUCUCCAGUGUAGCCUUCCCCUCUCCUGUCUCCAGUGUAGCCUUUCCCUCUCCACAUUGUAGCCUUCCCCUGUCUCCAGUGUAGCCUUUCCCUCUCCACAUUGUAGCCUUUCCCUCUCCUGUCUCCAGUGUAGCCUUCCCCUAUGGGGCCACAGGGUGUAGCAUGCUUGGGAACCCUCACUCGAUUCACCUGCACCUCGUUUGGGGCACUACAUGCGCGGCGGCCGGGCCUGGGAGGCGCCAGCCACACAGCGCCAGCCACGAAGACCCGCAGACACAAAGACCCUGACUCCGACACACAGAGUCACACUGAGGGAGGGAGGGAGGGAGGGAGGGAGGGACCGAGGGACGACUCCUGUAGGAGCACCAGUAGUGGUAGUCACCAGUAUACCUAGCCACUUGCCAACACAAACGCACUACACCACAGCCUCGGCUAUUGCCAGCUCACACAAGAUCACGCAUGUGUUUCACGCCCCCCAAAAUAGCUCCUCUUUAAAACACCCCGGACCACACCAGGGGAUCCCAAACGCUUUUAUUCCCUUGCCCGGGAACUCGGCUCACUACACAUCAAGCGCCACUUGCAUUCGGAUGCACUUUUAGCCCAUUUAGGAGAUGAAUAGCACGGGGAAACGAGUGCGCACCGCUCCCGGUGACCGUCGAACGGUGACGUUUUCAACGAGUUGCAACCAAACGCACGGGGCUGUGGCGGCCCACAUGACUUUAUUCUCAACCCGGACAAGUCCGCUCGCUGACCAGAGCCCUUUUGGACGUGCACACUGCUCCGUGCGCGACUUUUACGCGGAUAUUCGCCAGGAGAAAACACAAGUGGAAGAGCAUUUGGGCAGCCUUGAGACGCAGAGCUGGAUGGCUUGAGUCUACACGGUUCUCAUCUCGCGUUUAAGGCCAGCCCCCUGCACAGAGUUGAGCUUCAAUAGCACAGAUCAGUGGCAGCAGCGAACUACUCCUCACUAGACCGCGUACGUACGUGUGUGUGUGUGUGUGUGUGCGCGCCUAUCCGGAACGAAGCAACGAACGACAGCAGCAGACAUGGCAGAAGUCGCCCCAGCACCAGCCGCCGCCGCGCCUGCCAAGGCACCCAAGAAGAAGGCAGCAGCCAAGCCCAAGAAAGCGGGACCCAGCGUAGGCGAGCUCAUCGUCAAGGCGGUGUCCGCUUCCAAGGAGAGGAGCGGCGUGUCCCUGGCCGCGCUCAAGAAGUCUCUGGCGGCAGGCGGCUACGACGUGGAGAAGAACAACUCCCGCGUCAAGUUGGCCGUCAAGAGCCUCGUCACAAAGGGGACCCUGGUCCAGACCAAGGGCACCGGUGCCUCCGGCUCCUUUAAGCUCAACAAGAAAGCAACGGAGACCAAGAAGCCCGCCAAGAAAGCCGCAGCCCCUAAAGCCAAGAAGGUGGCAGCCAAGAAGCCCGCUGCAGCUAAGAAGCCCAAGAAGGCAGCAGCCAAGAAGCCCGCAGCCGCAGCUAAGAAGUCCCCGAAGAAGGCCAAGAAGCCGGCUACUCCCAAGAAGGCAGCCAAGAGUCCCAAAAAGGUGAAGAAGCCCGCGGCAGCGGCCAAAAAGGCAGCCAAGAGCCCCAAGAAGGCUACAAAGGCAGCGAAGCCCAAAGCUGCCAAGCCCAAGGCAGCCAAGCCCAAGAAGGCAGCCCCCAAGAAGAAGUAAACAACUUCGAGUGUGCUGCUUCACCCGACCGACCGACACAUGAUGUUGGACCACAAAAGGCUCUUUUAAGAGCCACCCAACUCUUUCCACAAAAGUGUCGAUUUCCAUGUCUACUCUUUAGCUGCCUAAAAGCAGGUCCAUGAAUG